UCCCCUCCCAACCCCCCCCCCUCUCCCUCUCCCACUCUCUCCACCUCCACCUCUCCCACUCUCCCUCUUCUCUCUCCCAAUCCCUCUCCCAAGCCCUCUCCUCCCUCAUCAACUCCACCCCCUCCCCUCUCCGCUCCUCCCUCACCCCAAUCCCUUACUCCCCCAUCGACGAAAUCAUCAAGCGCGAUUACCACUCCCUCAAGCCCGUCCAAGGCGUCUACAUCUACCUCAUCAAUUUGUCUCGCCCCAAACCCUAUGCUUAUAGCUUCAACGAAGGCUCCGGUGACUCGUCCCCAGCUGUCACUAAAUGCCUCGGCAGCGUUUGGACUGCUAAGGAGCGUUAUGUCUGGAUCGACUUAGGUGCCGGCCCCUUCGAUUACGGCCCUGCAAUAUCCGGUGACGGUGUCAUACCCCGUGGCGAGUUUCACCCGCUCGCUGCCGCCCAUGGCCGCCCCAAGUCCCAGAAGGCAUUUGCCGCUGACCUUGCCUCGUUGGUGUGGAGUGCAUAUCAGGUUUUUAUGGUGCCUUCGCUGAGGAUUCCGGUUCCCUUCGAGAAUUCGCUGGUUGUGCAGUUUGUGCAUAUUUAUUCAGGGGAGAAGGACCCUCGUGGAUUGGAAUGGAGCGCGAUUGAGAAGGUUUUCAAGGAUGAGGUUGGUGAGAAUGGGCUUUUGUUGGGUUCUCAGUCAUUGACCUUUAAGUCCUUUGAGGUUAAGUACACUGAGUGUGCUGUUUGUUCGUUUGCAAUUUCACGGUCGAUGAAUUCGUAUACUUCUAGGUUCUUGUUUGAUAAUUAUACAUUGAUUGUGAGUGAGUACUUGGACUCUAAGAGGCUGCAUCAGAUUCUAUCUGAUUCAGCUGACGAGAUUAGGAAGUCUGCCGGGAUGCCGGAGGAGGAUUUUGGUAGGAUUGUGCCGGUGUAUGUGUUUGAUUUGGACUACAAUUCGCUUCUGUUGUUGGAUAGGUACCAUCAGAGUGUUGCUUUCAAGGAUAUGGUUAUUGCAGUUAGGACCAGGAAUACGCAGACUGUGAGUGAUUAUAGCUGUAAUGGUCGGCAUGUGUUUACACAGACGAGAGAGCUCGUGAGGCCGCUGGUUGGAUCGAUCCUGCAGAGCAUGUGGGGAGUUUCACCAACACAUCUUUCUUGGAGCCCAAGGCACAACAGUACCCUGGUGGAUUAUACUUGGAGCAUAGGGCAGACACCGUUUGGGCCAUUCUCUGAGCUGUCGUCUCUGUCCUUUGUGCAGAAAGAUGCAGCGCGGAGGAAUAUUCUGUUGACGACAAUGAAUUACAGCAUAUCGAGCGCCAUAGAUGUCCUUCAGUCCAUUGAAACACAUGGGGGAGACAGGAAUCUGCUCAAGGGGAAGCAACAUGUUGAGUUUGUUCAGAGGUGGAACCUUUUCAAGCACAAGCUGAACAAGGCUGUGUCUGCGCUGUCGCAUUUGGAUUUCGAGAUGGCUUUGUAUUACUUGAGGUCUCAAUUGUUUAUCAUGCUUCUCAGGAGAUUGAGGCAUCCCUUGUGUGCUUUAAGGACCCUUCAUUUCCCUGGGCUUCAGUUUCAUUCUCGGCAGUGGCUUUCCUUUUCCUCUCUUAUGUUUAUGCGAAACGAGAUAAGCUUUUCAGAAACAAAAGAAAGCAAUUUUAAAUUUUGAUGCCAUCACAUGAGGACAGAAAGUCUGUAAGAUUUUAACAAAACCCAACACAUGUAUCAUUGUAGAAGAGUUAAAAACAAGGGGAGCGAUAAUUACAUGGAAACUAGAGGAUGAACUUAUUUUAGCCUCUUUUGCCAACCGAAGUCAGAGAGUUCUGAAUUUGUUUCAUCUUUGUUGCUAUAAAAACCCUAGAGUGUGGUUGAAGGGAAGAGGUUUGUCCUCCUUUAACUAAACGUUGUCAAGAUG